AUGAACCAAACACAGUCGUACAUGGAUAUGCAUCCGGCGUCCCAUAUCUCCUCUGGACCCUCGUAUUCGCACGCCGCAACCACUGCACCACUGGGCCAUUAUCAACAGUAUCAGCAGCCUUCGGUAAUUCCUCCAGCAUCCACGCACUAUGGACCGUCUCAGGCCUAUAGUAAUUAUGGCUAUGCGAAUGGAGUGACCUCACCACAGUCUGCGACAGGCCCAGUAGCUCAACAGGUUCAAUCUCAAAUCCCAUCCCUUCCUGCUAUGAUGACUGGUCCCAAUACCCAGCACUCUUAUGUACCUCAAACUCCUUCGUUGCCAGCUCCUGGUCAGACUUAUCCGAGUCAGCCUUUUGAUACAACCGGGCAAGUCGCGCCUCCAGGCAUGAAACCGAGAGUUACAGCAACGCUUUGGGAAGAUGAAGGAAGUCUGUGUUUUCAAGUCGAGGCAAAAGGUGUCUGUGUUGCUCGUCGUGAAGACAAUCAUUUUAUCAACGGAACAAAGCUGCUCAACGUCGCCGGAAUGACUCGAGGUCGUCGAGACGGAAUACUCAAGUCAGAAAAGACCCGGCACGUGGUGAAGAUUGGACCUAUGCACCUCAAGGGCGUCUGGAUUCCCUUUGAACGUGCUCUGGAUUUUGCAAAUAAGGAGAAGAUCACUGAUUUGCUUUAUCCACUCUUCGUACACAAUAUCGGUGGCCUGCUAUAUAAUCCUGAAAAUGCCCCCCGAACAAAUGCAGUAGUACAGGCAACAACAGAGCGACGUCGCAUGGACAGCGUUGACUCGACUCGUCCGGCGCAGCCUGCUCAGACUCCGACGCUACAUCAUCAUCAUACUAUCCAGGGGACUGGUCAAGCGCCACCAACACCACAUUCCAUUGUCCAUCAGAACGCUGGACGUCCAGGAAUCGACCGCGCGCAUACUUUCCCGACGCCGCCAACUAGUGCAUCGAGUGUCAUGGGAAUGAGCAAUCAGGGCAGUUCCUAUGAUUGGGGCAACCAGAACAUGACCAAUGGUGCAACUGGAGCUCAACCCUUGUCCAUCGAUACCGGCCUGAAUGCUCGAUCAAUGCCGACCACACCCGCUACCACCCCGCCAGGGACGUCUGGACAAGGAAUGCAAUCAUAUCAAAAUCAGCCAGGAUAUGACAAUUCCAAACAUUUCUACAGCACCACGCCGAGCUCCCAAACUGGUUAUGCCCAGCAUCCGGAUGGUAGCCGAUACGGCCAAUCCAUGCCCUCUGCUCCGUACGUCAAGGGCGAGAUGGGCCCUCCCAUAGCUCCCGGAACCGCUAGCGCAGGUGGAGAUGGCCAUGAUCACAAAGCUGAUGCAUAUGCUGCUCAAAGCCAUGGAUCUCAGCAUGAUAGUGAUCAUCCGGAUAGUGGUUAUAUGAGCGCCAAUGCUUCUGCGUACAGUUCUAACCGGGGCCAGUACGCAUACGGUGCUACUGGUGAGCAUCCGCAUCUAUCUCCUGAGCAGAUGUCUGGCUCUCCAACCCAUCAAAGUGGUUCCGGUCAAGCAACUCCUCGAACGAUGCCAUCAGGUCAACCACAAUGGACACCGGAUUAUCACACUCCACCGCGGCCACCCACUUCGAGCAAUGUUUAUAAUGUGAUGGGCCGAGCUCGCACGCCACAGGGAGGAGCCCCCGCAGACAGCUACGGCAACCCAGCAUAUUCAGGCGCUGGUCAUCCCGCUGGGUUAGCAUCGGGCAAGCGAGGGCGAGAAGAUGAUGAUCAAGAUCGGCCGGGGAGUCGAGAAUUUGAUGCAUACGACGCGAAGCGACGCAAAGUGGGACGUCAAGACACAUUUGGCAUGCCUCUUAAUACACCUCCACACAUGCAAGCCAUCAAAACCGGCGGACAACGGACCAAUCUCCGUACUCAGAAGCGCCUCGCGGCGUCCGUCGUCGGCUGCGGCAAGCGCAAGAUCUGGCUUGACCCCAACGAAGUCAACGAAAUCUCCAAUGCAAACUCCCGGCAGACGAUCCGAAAAUUGGUCAGCGAUGGACUUAUUAUCCGCAAACCCGUCGCCAUGCACUCCCGGGCUCGUGCGAGAGAGCUGAAUGCUGCGAGAAGAAUUGGAAGACAUCGAGGCUUCGGUAAGAGAAAGGGUACAAAGGAUGCCAGAAUGCCAAGCCAGGUCCUCUGGAUGAGACGACUGCGUGUUCUUCGACGUCUUCUUGUCAAGUACCGAGCUGCCGGCAAGAUUGACAAGCACCUCUACCACGAGCUCUACCAACUGAGCAAAGGUAACACUUUCAAGCACAAGCGUGCAUUGGUCGAACAUAUUCACAAAGCCAAAGCCGAGAAGCAGCGUGAGAGAAUCCUCAAGGAAGAAAUGGAUGCCAAACGUGCGAAGACGAAGGCUGCUCGUGAGAGAAGGCAAGAACGAAUCCAGACCAAGAGAAACGCUCUGGCUGGAGAGGAAGAGACCAAGGAGUAG